AUGGGUAAUGCCAUGCGAGGCGUCAUUGCCUUCAUUCCCUCAGAACGAUGUCAACGCUUCUUAGUGGGGGACCUAAAGGAGAUGCCACUUGAUCGAACCCUGGACCUAAGCAGCCGGCAGUUGAGGCAGGUACCUGCUGCUGCCUGUGUCUUCAAUGAGCUGGUGAAGCUCUACCUGAGUGACAACAAUCUCAGCAGCUUACCAGCUGAGCUGCAGGACCUGAGGAAGCUGCAACUGCUGGCCCUUGACUUUAACUGCUUUGAAGAGCUCCCUGCAGCUGUUUGCAGAUUGUCCCAGCUUAGCAUCCUUUACUUGGGUAACAACAGGCUUUACCGCCUCCCCAGAGAACUGGGGGAGCUCAAGGAACUUACUACUCUGUGGCUGGAGACUAACUGCUUCACUGUUUUUCCUAAGGUCAUUUGCGAGCUCCCUAAUCUCAAGACCCUGCACCUCGGUUAUAAUCAGAUACGGUGUUUACCGAAAGAACUUAGACGGCUGGAAGAGCUAAGAAGUAUCUGGCUUGCUGGAAACCACCUGACAGAGUUCCCUCCAGUAUUGCUCGAAAUGCACUUUCUAGCUGUCAUUGAUGUGGAUCGGAACAGAAUACAUUACUUCCCUGGCCUGUCUCACAUGCAGGGGUUGAAACUUGUCAUUUAUGACAAUAACCCCUGUGUUAACGCCCCAGUGGUGGGCGAAGGAGUCAGGAGGGUUGGGCGAUGGGCUGACAGCUCAGAGGAUGAGCAGGAAGAUGACGAGUCAAAAGUAGUGGAUGAGACUACAGCGGAGGUCACAGAAGUACACCCUGAGGAGGGGCACAGUGAGGUCAAGGAACAAAAGGACCUUUAG